UGGAAUGCACCUUCCAAAUUCCAAAAUAACAUUCAAACACAUAAAAUUAGUAGACCCUCUUUUUAUUGAGUUAGCCGUCUUUGUCUUUUUGUCAUCAAAUUAUUGAGGACUACUUCUUCACAAUAAGCUUUGAUAGACCUACACACAGUUCAGUUACAAACCCUGCAAAAUCUUCAUUUUCACUCUCCUUCAUACCCGAAUUCUGAUCACUUGUUUGAGAUCCUAUCAUGGCUGGUUCACUUGUUGGUGGAGCUUUCCUUUCUGGCUUCAUUAACGUUGUCUUUGACAGGUUGCUCACAAAGGAUACGGUCAACUUGGUCUUGGGCAAGAAGCUUGGCUCUGGCUUGGUUGAGAGGCUGAAAAUUUCUCUGUAUGCUGCUGAAGCUGUGCUUGAUGAUGCUGAGUACAAGCAACUGGGCGACAAACGUGUGAGGGAGUGGCUCAACUGUCUCAGGGAUGCUGUUUAUGACGCUGAUGACUUGCUGGACGCUGUACACACCAAAGCCGCCACUCAAAAGGAGGUACGUUCUUCGAAGCUUAGUUUCUUCCUCAACCGACAUAGGAAGAUGGUAGAUAAGAUGGAAGAGGUGGUUGCAAGAAUAGAAUUUCUUGUAAAGCAGAAAGAUGACCUUGGUCUUCAAAAGAGUACCAAGGAUAAUAACUUGUCAUCAUCAUCAUCAUCAUCAUCAUGGCGAGAAACCACAUGUCUGAUGCAAGGGAAAAUAUAUGGCAGGGAGGAUGAUCAACAAGCUUUAACCAAAAUAAUAAAGGACAAGAGUGAAUCUCAGUUAUCUGUGAUUCCUAUUGUUGGCAUGGGUGGGGUUGGUAAAACAACCUUAGCCAAAUGGGUGUACAAUUUCACAGAGGGAUUUGAUGAUGAUAAAAAAGUAUGGGUCUGCAUCUCUGAAACAUUUGAUGUUGCUGAGAUUACAAAGAAAACCAUUGAGGAGAUUACUAAAACACCUUGUACCCUUGGGAGUUUAAAUUCGCUUCAAAAUGAAUUGAAGAACAACUUGUCGGGAAAGAAGUUCUUUAUUGUUCUAGACGAUGUCUGGAGCGAAGAUGCCGAUAAGUGGGAGCAAUUUAUAACUCCUUUUCACUAUGGGGCUAAGGGUAGUACAAUUCUUCUAACAACCCGCAAUCAAAAGGUUGCUUCAGUAGUUCACACAUGUCCCUCUUACAUUCUUAAUGGGUUGUCGGAAGAGUCUUGUUGGUUAUUGUUUGCAGCCAAUGCAUGUUUUCCAGAGCCAAUCGGUAAUCCAACAUUAGAGGAAAUUGGUAGAAAAAUUGUUAACAAGUGUAAAGGGUUGCCAUUAGCUGUUGAAACACUUGGGCGUUUGUUGCGAGGAGAGAAUGAUGCUAAAGAAUGGAAUGCUGUUUUAAGGAGUGACGUCUGGGAAUUUUCUACGAAAAAUAGUAAAAUUAUUCCAGCAUUGUUAAUAAGCUACUUCCAGCUACCUCCUUACUUGAAGCGUUGUUUCGUUUAUUGUUCCUUGUUUCCCAAAGAUCAUUACUUUGAGAAAAAUGAACUGGUUUUGCUGUGGAUGGCUGAAGAUCUUUUAAGGCUACCAAAGAGAGGAGAGAGUUUAGAAGAGGUUGGUUCUCAGUGUUUUGAAGAAUUAGCUUCAAGGUUAUUCUUUAAAAAUCUUCAAGACAAUGACAACUAUAUUAAAGAUUUAGCUUCAUGGUUAUUUUUUGAACGAUCUCGGUUUUUCUCUGAGAGGUUCGUGAUGCAUGAUCUCUUGCAUGACUUGGCAAUAUUCCUUGCUGGAGACUUCUAUUGUAAAAUAGAAGAACUUGGUGAACAAGAAAGAAAGAAGGUUCUCACUCGUCAUUUGUCACAUUUGCGAGGUAAAAUUAACACUUUGAGGACUCCACAUGGAAGCUUAGAUCAUCCAAUCUCAAAAGUCUUCAAGUCCAUCGUGAAGUCAGAAUCUUUGAGGACAUCUUUGUAUGUCGAUGAUUUGUUAAGCAAGAAAAGCAGAGCAUCAAAGUUGAAAUACUUGAGAGUUUUAUCCUUUGAUAAACUUGAUGUAUUACCAGAUUCAAUAGGUGAAUUGAUUCAUCUACGCUAUUUGAAUCUCUCUGGGACCAAUGUGGAGACAUUACCAGAGUCAUUAUGCAACUUGUAUAAUCUACAAACAUUAAUAUUGUAUAAAUGUUAUAAGCUGACCAUGUUGCCCAAUGGCAUGCAUAAACUUGUGAAUUUACGGCAUCUUGAUCUUAGGGGAACUUGUUUGAAAGAAAUGCCUAGAGGAAUAAGUAAAUUGAAAAUGCCUAUUUUAGAAUACUUUGCCGUGGGCAAGCACGAAGACAAUGGAAUACAGGAAUUAGGAGGGCUCCCAAAUCUUGAAGGAUCAUUUGAGAUUGAGAAGUUGGAGAAUGUUGUUGAUGCGAGACAAGCAAGGAGUGCAAGGAUGUUGGAGAAGAACCACAUUGACAACUUAUCGUUGGAAUGGUCUUCAGGUAAUGAGAUGGUUUCCAACAUAGAGACUGAGAGAGAUAUACUCGAUGACUUGCAACCGCACAAUGGCUUGAAAGAGUUGAGAAUCAAGGGAUACAAGGGCGAAAGAUUUCCAGAUUGGGUGGGGCACUGUUCCUACAACAAUAUGACAAGCAUAACACUAGCAUCUUGCAAGAAUUGCUGCAUGCUACCUUCACUUGGACAGCUGCCAUCUCUUAAGUACCUGAGCAUUAAAGGUUUGGAUCAGCUGAGGAUUAUUGGCGAAGAGUUUUACAAGAAUGACAGCGGUCAUCAUUCUUCGCCUAUUGCACCGUUUCCUUCACUCGAGGAAUUGGUGUUUGCUAACAUGCCAUGCUGGCAGGAGUGGCACGUACCUGACCCAGAAGCUUUUCCUCGGCUUAGGAAACUUCGAAUAAAAGAGUGUCCAACGUUAAAGGGAGAUAUGCUUAAUGGCAUAUCCUUGAGAAUGGUUUCUUCUUUGUCGGAUGCUUCCGAAGUUCGCAAACUGGAAAUACGGGGAGAUCAUGAAGAAAGGUAUCAUGAGAUGCUAUAUCGGGAUACUUUAUCAAUUGGGGGAUGUGAAUCCGCAGUGAAGUCUGCAUUAAACCUUCUAGCUUGCUUCCCAAAAAUAUGUAUCGUGGGGUGUUCGUCUGCUGUAUCCUUUCCGGGCAAUUGUUUACCUAAAUCUCUGCAAAAGCUGAUAAUCAAUGAUUGCAGAAACUUGGAAUUUCCUGAGCAACAACAGCAGAAGUAUGAUUUGGUAGAGCUACAAAUACAUAACAGUUGUGAUUCACUGACCUCCUUGUCGUUGGAUGUCUUUCCCAAUCUCAAGAAUCUCGAUAUAUAUAAUUGUAGGAAUCUGGAAUCAGUGUCAAUGUCAGAGGCACCACACGCUGCUCUUCAACGUCUAUCCAUUACUUUCUGCGACAAAUUAGUGUCAUUAGCAGGAGAAGGACUGGCUGCACCCAACUUGACUUAUCUCAAUGUUAGCAAAUGCUACAGGUUGGAAGCAUUGCCACAGGACAUGAAUAAUCUUCUCCCAAGUUUACGGUCUCUGGAUAUAUAUAGUUGCUCGAAAAUUUGUAGCAGCUUGCCAGAGGGUGGUUUGCCGCCUUACUUGAAAUCACUUAUUGUGGGAGGUUGCGAGGAACAAGUGAGGAGUCUAUCAUGGAUGGGCAACUUGGACGCCCUCACUCAUCUUACCAUUCAUGGUUCUGAUUGUGAUAGCGUGACGUCAUUCCUAGGUUCGCUGCCUCACCUUCCCUCCCUUACCACUCUUUCUAUUGAAUACUUUCCUAAUCUGGAGACAUUGGAGUGCAACGAGCUUCUCCGCCUCUCCUCCCUUCAAGAAUUGCACAUUCAGUGCUGCCACAAGCUGGGGAAUAUGGAAGGAGAAAAGCUGCCUCCCUCUCUCUUGCUACUCAAAAUUGAAUACUGUUGUUUGCUGGGAGAACACUGCAAGAACAAGCAUCAACUAAUCUGGCCCAAAAUUUCCCACAUCCCAACCAUUCAAGUCGAUUUCAAACAUAUUUCCUAAAUAGAGAUUUCUGAGCAGGAGGAAGAGCUCUGUUUAUUUGAAUGGGUUGACAACAAAUCUUGUCCUUCUCAAUUCAAGUAGUUCAUCCAAGAGAAAACCCUUGUUCUUCACAGAUUCAAUUACAUUCGAGAGAAGGAUUGAAUCUACAUGAAUUGUAUGGUGAACUUGAGAAAGAAUCCAUAUAAUUCAGUUUGGAGUUCUCCUUUCACAACUUCGUUGAUCAAUACACUUUGGGUUGGUAUGUGAGAUGUAACCUCCCUUAGUUGAGAUCCUGCAAGUUGUGUGGCUUUGGAUUAGAGAUUUGAAUUUCACCUCUUCUCAUGACCAAUUAGAUCACGAGAGUGGCAAUUGAUUGUGUUGAGAGAAAUUGAGUUGCCAAAAGAUUGGGAUUCAAUUAUUUACAAUCCGCCAUGGAUCUAUACCCAUGAUUGAGAAGGAGAUGAGCCAAGUCAAUUCAUGACAAUUUACACCUCUGAUCCCUAAUGAUAUCUCUAUCAUUAAUUCUCAUCUCCUUUGUUCUUUAGUUAUUUUGAUUACCCAUCACCCAAUUUCCUUCUACAUUCUUGGAAUUUAACAUUCUUGCCAUUUACAUUUCGUUUUAUAUUCCUUGCAAUUUACUUUUAUAUUCUCUAAAAUUUUACAAUCUUUAAUUUCUUGCAAUUUAUUUUUAAUGUCAUUUAAGUUUCUUGCCUUUUAAAUUUCAGUUAUUCACUUUCAUUCCCCUUCCCUAUUCUAAUUUUUUAAAUUCCUUGUCAUUUAACUUUCUGCAAUUACAUUCAACAAUUAAAUCUCAUGAAUUCAAAACCAUGUUUGCUUGACUAAAUAUAUCAUUUAACUAAAGUUGCUUAAUCUACCAAUCUCUGUGGGAUCGACCUCACUCUUAGUGAGUUUUAUUACUUGAUACGACCCGAUAUACUUGCCGGUUAUACGUGAAUCUUAAUUUUCGCAUAUCAAGUUUUUGGCGUAUAUAUAUUGUGUAUCCAACAUUUGAGAAUUUCUUUACAUAAUCGAUAAAUGAAAUUUACUGUUUUUUAAAAAUAAUUUUUCAAGAAUAAAUAUUUAAUUAUGUGAGCCUUUCUAUUCAAGAUUAAUGAUUUGUAAGGGGUAUUUAUUCUUUGUUGAAUUCUUAGACGUCAUCCGCUCUAUAUGUCACAGCAUCCAUCUAUAUUUUAUUUUUGUUAAAAAUGUAAUUAUUUAUUCUUAAAACUGUAAAUUUAUCAAAAAUAUUUGUAACCUUAUUUAUUUUAUAUUCGAAUCUGCUAGACUUGCUAGGGGACUAUUUUCCUAAGCACCAAUCAUAGCUCAUUUUAAGCUGUGACAUAUUUUUGCCAUCUUUUGCAGGUAAAAAGUUCACAGAUGUUAGAGAUUUCAUUGCACAUAUAUAUAUAUAUAUAUAUAUAUAUAUAUAUAUAUAUAUAUAUAUAUAUAUAUAUAUAUAUAUAUAUAUAUAUAUAUAUAUGUAAAGUGGAUUAAUGUGUUGGGAAGCAGUAGUGUUUUCUGAUUUCAGCUUUCAUUGUAAUUGGUAUCUAUACUAGUUUAGAUUAAUGACUGAUGUGUAUCAUAUGAUUCAUAUCCACACUACUUGUGAUGUGGACUUGCUUGGAUUAUUCAAUUCAAUGCUUUGCUUCAAAGACAGAACCAUAGAUGGUUGUUUGGUUAUCAAUAGCAGUCGUUUGAACUUCGAACAAAUAUGCUAAACAAAUGAGUUUCAAUAUCUAAUGCAAGGUUUGUAUCAAACUUGAAUUGUAGGUUUUUUCUUUCCUUUUCUUUUUUUUUUUGUUUUGUUAAAUUUAUAAUUCAAAGGCAUGAUGAUGAUUAACAUCAUUAUUGAAGCUAGCUGAAGUAGUGUUACUUAUAUGUUAAAGCUAUGAUAAUCUACAUCUUACCAAGCAUGAAACAGUCAAUUUAAUUAACUUCUAAUUAAAGGUAGGUGCAACAGCUUUCAUAAUUCCUUGGAAACAUAUAUGACACAAA